GUUCUUUAAAGUUAGGGACGACACAAUGCAAGGCCCUUUGACUCCUUUUCCUUUCUUCCUUUGCCCAGCUCUAUGCGUCUCGGUUGCCUUAGUUAUUCACUCAGCCUAAAGUCAUGCCUCAAGCAUCCCGUGGAAGUGCUCGUCAGCCUGACUCCAGAGACGUCCAAAAGGCCAUGGACAAGGAGCAGAAGAGAAGCCGAGGCGCUAUGUCAUGCGCCGAGUGUAGAAGACUCAAACUGAAAUGUGACAAAACUAUACCGUGCUCUUCAUGCAGACGCAGAGGCUGCUCCGCCAUCUGUCCUAAUGGUUCCCUCACGACUGGUCAGGGAACUCGGUUCGUGCUAGCAGAUACAGAAAAAUUGCAUCAGAAGAUUGCACAAAUGAGUGACAGGAUUCGUCAACUUGAAGAUGCACUUUCUAUUUCACAAACCAGUCCUGGCGAACAGCAUCCUCUUCUGCAUAGAAAUCUUCUCGACAUCAAAUCGAUCAUAGAUUUGCAUGCUGCUAUAGAUGAGGAAACGGCAGGUAAAUCCAAGCAUGAAGUCGAUGAUGAGUCGCAAUACAUCGAAUCUUUUGGGACGCUCGCCAUACGGGACGAUGGAGCUGCAACUUUCUAUGGUCCAUCCGCCGGGUCGGAGAGCCUGCUCAUCGGAGAGUCUGCCGUAUCACCGACACAUGAUUUUAGUCCAGGCAACAGGACACAGCAUACUGAACAUAUGUCUCCCAGUGUCAAGCAUCUGUCCAAGUCUUUCCCUCUGGCUCCAGUGUUUAAUGAUGAGGUUGAUCUCAACUACCUCAUUCAAAAUCAUUUACCUCCUUGGCAUCGUGCUCGUCACUUGAGUGAGCUGUAUCUCCAGCAAGCACCAUGGUUCUUUGGAGCGGUAACAAAACGGCAACUCAUGGAGGAGAACCUUCCCUUAUGGUACGCAGAAGCAUCAGAUCUCAUCCAUCUGGGUUCCGUGGCGCCAUCCGUGGCCUCUGGGAAUGAUGCUUUGAGUAAAGGUCCUCAUGAACUCGCCUUGAUGUUUGUGAUAUUCUGCUUUGGGGCACUGACGGAUCACAGAUUGCCCCCUGCGCCAGACAACGAGGAAGCCGACAUGUAUUUCACUCUUACGCGCGCUGCCCUAAACUUGGAGCCCGUACUUGACCGUCCACCAUCAGUGGCAACCAUUCAGACUCUGGCUUUACUCGCAAUUUAUCAGGGCCUUUGCAGUGGAGAAAACAGCAUUGAGAGCACCUGGGGAAUCUUUGGACUUGCAACAAAGUUAGCUCAGAGCAUUGGACUGCACCGUGAUUGCGCCCGCUGGCAGCUACCUCCACAAGAGGUGCAAAAGCGCCGUGCGCUGUUCUGGGAGCUAUUCAUCACAGACGGGUGGCAGUCCUUGGCUACAGGUCGUCUUGCUACGUUUUAUCUGCCUUUUGUAGACUGCGAACUACCUAACGACCCCGAUUCCACGGUGGACGAAGACGGAACUGUUGUACCAAGCUUCCCGGCAUGGAAGGCUCGCUUUGGUUUCCAUUGCAUAUCCGCAAUCAUCCAACAUGUACAAACGGCUAAGGUACCAAAGUAUUCUGUUCAUUACAUGCCCCGGAACUACCGACACCUGACUCUGCUAUAUGUUCAUCGAUGCUUUUUUGCGGAAGCUGUAUCAAACAACCCCACAGACCCCAUGAGCAGCCCAUUUGCUCCAUCGUUCCUCGCAGGGUACCGUAGUGCCUGUGAAUUGAUUAACGGUCUUCGCACGCAGUUCGACUUGUUCCCAGCACAAAUCGCUCGCUUCUGGGUUUUAUGGACCCAUGCGUUUUCUUCAUCCGUAUUGCUGUCUUCUGUUGUUACGCAUGCAUCUGGAAGCGGUUCUCGGUCGAAGAUCACUACUGCAGCUUUGACCGAGCUGCGACGCGCUAUCAGUCUUUUCAAAGAAGCAUCUGUUUUUGGAGGUCGAGCUGGACAAUUCCUUCCUAUCCUUGAGAGGCUGUUGCAGAAAGCUGAGCAGGCAUACAGUACUGCCACUCCUACCGUGACGCGACGAGAUAUAUUCUCGAAUACUGGUCCAACAAAGUCGAAGGAUGAACUUUCGAUUUUCAGUGGACAAAUCAACAAGGUUGCCACUAAGGCCCCCGUACCACCAUCUUCAGGACGGAACAGCCAUUCACCAGGAAACGGCACCAAUCUGAGUCAAUCUCCCCCGGUGCAGGUAGAAGGCACUCCUCCGCAGGCAUUUAGCAACAUCCAUCCAUCGUUGCGCGAGCAGUGGAGCAGUUUCGAGGGAGAUAUCAAUACUCAGCUUUACAACGCUCAACGAGACGCGUAUUACACAGAGGACGAUGAUUUCAUGGCCCACGCAUCUACUGAGGAUCGUCAGCAGCAUCCAGGUGCACAGCCGCCACAGGGAUACCGUCACCACUUUCCCGCCUCGUCGCAUGGGUCUUCUCAACCGGUCGAUGCACAGAGCUCUUUCCAAGCCGAGAGUCAGCGCCGGGAACCUGUGUACACGUCUGGUAGUCAGGGGCCACAAUAUCAGCAUGAGCCGCAUCCUGAAAAUACUCAAUACCAUGCGAAGCCUCAUCAGCAACAUCCUCAGCAACAUUAUCACCAUCAUCCUGACCCCCAGUCCCAGCCCCCGCCUCAGCCCCAGCAAUACUAUAGUCAGGAACAGCCUAGUCAUCAUAUCCAUGAUCCAUACCAGUCAUCAUCAUCCUUCAGCACUGCAGAUCCUUACCCAUCUGGUGACUACAACGCAAGACCCUCCCAAUCAUAUUGGGAAUCUGCACAGCAGUCGUAUCAGGCGCAGGAAAGCACUGCGUAUUAUCAGUCCUCGUACUAUGAAAAUCAGUACCAAAUGUCCCAGCAUCCCCCAGCUCCUACAGAAUACCCAUCGGUUUCCCAUCUGCAAGAGACGUGGCAGUCAUUCAAUAUUUACGUCGGCUCGCCGCGUCGGCCGACGUAG